AGCAAUACUCCAUAAAACAGGUCAGGUAGGUAAGUAAUAGGACGGACCUGCCAGUGAUCCAGAAGCCACUGCACCAUGGGCAUCUCUGCAUUCAACCCCACCAGAUUCCCAGGAAGCAUUUCUGGGCUCCUCCAAGUGGCCUCCCUGCUCGCCCUGCUUCUGCUACUGUUCAAGGCAGCCCAGCUCUACCUGCACAGACAAUGGCUACUCAAAGCUCUCCAGCAGUUCCCGAGUGCACCCUCCCACUGGCUCUUUGGGCACAAGAUCCCCCCAGACCAGGAGCUGCCACAGGUGCUGAAAUGGAUAGAGGAAUUCCCAAGUGCCUUUCCUCGCUGGUUCUGGGGAAGCAGAGCUCACCUGGUAAUCUAUGACCCUGACUACAUGAAACUGAUUCUGGGGAGAUCAGAUCCAAAGGCCAAUUCUGCCUACAGAUUCCUGGCACCCUGGAUUGGGUAUGGUUUGCUCCUAUUGAAUGGCCAGACAUGGCUCCAGCACCGGCGGAUGUUGACCCCAGCCUUCCACUAUGACAUCCUGAAGCCCUACGUGGAAACCAUGGCUGACUCUGUUCGAGUGAUGUUGGACAAAUGGGAGCGGCUCAUCAGUCAGGACUCUCCUCUGGAGAUCUUUCAACACAUCUCCUUGAUGACACUGGACUCUAUCAUGAAGUGCGCCUUCAGCUACCAGGGCAGUGUCCAACUGGAUGGGGAAUCCCAGUCCUACAUCCAAGCCAUUGGGGACUUGAACAACCUGUUUUAUUCCCGUGUGAGGAAUGUCUUUCACCAGAAUGACACCAUCUACAGUCUGUCUUCUAAUGGUCGAUGGUCCAAAUAUGCCAGCCAGCUUGCCCAUGAGCACACAGACCGAGUAAUAAAGCAGAGGAUGGCUCAGCUGCAGAAUGAGGGAGAGCUGGAGAAGGUCAGAAAAAAGAGGCGCUUGGAUUUUCUGGACAUCCUCCUGUUUGCCAAAACAGAGAAUGGGAGCAGCUUAUCUGACCAUGACCUGCGUGCUGAGGUGGACACCUUCAUGUUUGAGGGCCAUGACACCACAGCCAGUGGCAUUUCCUGGAUCUUCUAUGCUCUUGCCAUGCACCCUAAGCAUCAACAGAGGUGCAGAGAGGAGGUGCAGAGCCUCCUGGGGGAUGGAUCCUCCAUUACCUGGGAACACCUCGACCAGAUGCCCCAUACCACCAUGUGCAUCAAGGAGGCCCUGAGGCUCUACCCACCAGUUCCAAGUGUUGUCAGAGAGCUCAGCAAACCUAUAACCUUCCCUGAUGGGCACUUUUUACCCAAAGGUUUCGUGAUCACACUUUCCAUUUAUGCCCUUCAUCACAAUCCGAAGGUGUGGCCAAACCCUGAGGUGUUUGACCCUUCCCGAUUUGCACCUGAUUCUCCCCGACAUAGCCACUCAUUCCUGCCUUUCUCAGGAGGACCAAGGAACUGCAUUGGGAAACAAUUUGCCAUGAAUGAACUGAAGUUGGCUGUGGCCCUGACCCUGCUCCGUUUUGAGCUACUGCCAGAUCCCACCAGGGUCCCCUUCCCAAUACCACGAAUUGUGUUGAAGUCCAAGAAUGGGAUCCACCUUCAUCUUAGGAAGCUCCACUAACCCUGACUCUCCAAAAGCACCAGAGAGAGAAGCGCUCAGCAUGAGUCUCCUGCCUGAACCUCAGGAAAGAUGCUUCGUCAGCUCCUGUACCAAGGCCUGUGGCUCAAGGAACUUAAAUUUGUGCCGUGGCUCCUUCUUAAUUCCAGUUUAUAGUUGGGACCUGCUGCUGUCCAGGUGCCAGAGCCAAAGUGACACCUUCAGGCUGCCUCUCCAUGGCCACAAGUUCAGCACCACCGCCAGCUGCGGUGCCACCUUGCACAGCGCCUGGCUAAGUGCGGUGGCCUGGAUCACGUGCAGGCAUCAGCUGGUGCAGGGCUCCAUGACCACUUGAGCCUCCUCCCAGCCUGCCACGCCAUCAGGCAACUCCUCCCACUUCCCGGUGGGGCCGACCUCUGAGACCUCAGCCUUGAGCUUCCUCUUGCGAGGGGCCAUGGCACAGAAGAGCGCUCUAGGCUGUGUCCCAAAGGAGCCUUUGACGGCGUAUAGAGACAAAAUUCACUAUGCCAAUGGUCACAAUUGAAAUUGCAACGAUCGACUAUACUACGAUGUUUUUAAUGGCAAGAAAAUACUAUGCUGAGGAAUUCUGACUGUGCAGUUAUUUUCUCAGAUCAAAUGUUAGUAAAAGAUAAUACAAGUGGCUUGUUAGCUAUGACCUGUAAGAUAACACAGGUGCCUUGUCAACUGUGACCCGUCCUUUGUGAAAAUCCAAUCAUUCCUCCCUUUUACAGCCUGGCUCAUUUGUGCUU